AUGCCAAAACCUGGUAAAGUUGUGGGACCAGUACUACCUUAUGAGGAUUUGAGAAGUAUAAAAGCUGAAUAUGGUUCAAGGAUGUAUGAUAGAAAUGCAGUUCCUACUCCUCAGGCAGUAACUGCACAGUGGUUUCUCAAGACUCACACGGUGAAUCGAGAGAAAUCUGGGUUAGAGGAAGAGAGGGAUUUGUCACAGGCCAAACCCCAACAAUGCAACACUACAACCAAACCGGCCUCGGGCAUGGCAAUGGAUGCCAAAGCUAAUCCAUAUAUCCAAUCGCAAGCCAAGGGAGACCAGUUGAACGAACGAAUUACCAUCGAUGCAAAACUGCUGCAUGCACAGUCACAAUUUGGUGCAGCUGGUGCUGCAGCCGUAGCUGUAGCUGCUCACAGGAAUGCAGGAGCGGUUAAGUAUGGACUAUCUUAAGUGGGGUCUUGGGAAUCCUCCUGGAGUAUGGGUGGGCAACAAAUCCAUCCUGGGAUUUGGAGAUGGAAGGUGGGGAUAGUUAGGAUCUCUUCCCGGA